AUGACCGAAUUACCUCUUCAGCACGAGAUUCACACUGCCCGCUAUGAGGGUGAAGAUACACGCCCGACAACCUCGCUUGAGCUUCGCGGUUGGUACGCGUACAGCGCGGCUGCAGAAGUAUUUGUGAUCUGUGGCGUCGGCUCGUUCUUACCAGUCUUCUUAGAGUCCCUCGCAAGAGAAAAUGGCGUCUUGCGAUCAGAUCAUGGCGUGUCCUGUGUUGAGCCUCGUGGUGAUUCGGGUAGAGUCAGGUUAGGUACGAGAGAUGAUUCUGGCAGAGACGAGCAAUGCGUUAUAUCGCCAUUCGGCUUCGAAAUUACCACGUCAAGUUUCGUGUUGUAUACCUUCUCGCUUGCAGUUCUGGUGCAGGUAGUGGUUCUGGUAUCGAGCAGUGCGUUGGCAGAUUACGGGAACAACAGAAAGAAGCUUCUCACAGCACUCGCAUUCACCGGCUCUAUUUGCUGCAGUUCUCUAGUAUUCGUUUCACGCGCUUUCUACCUCCUGGCGCCGCUGCUCAUUGUCGUGAGCGUCACGUGCUUGGGCUCAAGCUUUGUAUUGUUGAACGCAUACUUGCCUGUAUAUGCGAAGCAUCAUCCACGUGAGAGCAGAACAUCGCGGAUCAAUGAUGGUUUGGAUGAUGAUUUGGCGAUACCUUUGGCAACGUUGGAGGAUGCACAGAACAAUGCUGGUGUCUCGUCGCAAUUCAUCGACGAGCUGAAUGAGUAUCAGCCUGCAAGGACAAAGGAACUGUCUGAUUUGAAAGUAUCAACGCAGAUUAGUGCUCGUGGGUAUGGUAUUGGAUACUCUGCUGCCCUUCUCUUCCAGAUCCUGAGCAUCGGAUUCCUUGUACUGGUUGCUAUGUUACGGCUUUCCCCGAACGUGUCUACAGCUCCCCUAGGUGUCCUGUUGUUCGCAAUCGGCGUAUGGUGGCUUCUAUUCAGCGUACUCUCCUUCCGCUGGUUGCGGCCCCGACCUGGGCCUCCACUUCCUCCUACCCUGUUGCGUGCGAAAAGAUUCUCUUGGCUUGCAUACAUCAUAUUCUCGUGGAAAUCUACCUGGGAGACGAUCAAAGUGGCAUGCAAACUGCGUCAGAUGCUCAAGUUUCUUGCAGCAUGGGUGUUCCUAUCAGAUGCACUCGCUACAAUGGCAGACACUGCUGUGCUCUUCGGCAAGACUGAACUUGGUAUGAGUCCGGCCGGCGUCGCUACAAUCGCACUCAUUGCAACAGGAUCUGGUGUUCUGGGGGCUUUAAUGUGGCCUAGGUUCCAACUUCGCUAUAAUCUGCAGUCAAAGACUGUUAUACUUGCUGCUAUAGUCCUGUUUCUAGUCAUCCCGAUCAACGGCAUCCUUGGCUAUCUGCCGUUUGUCCAUAUCAUCGGUAUUGGUGGCGUUCAAUCUGCAAUGGAGCUAUAUAUGAUGGCGAGUAUACAUGGGAUUGCAUUCGGUGGGUUUUCAGCCUACUGUCGCUCGUUCUAUGGGAACCUCAUACCCCCGGGGCAUGAGGCGGCCUUCUACGCGUUGUAUGCAUUCACAGAUAAAGGGAGUUCCAUAAUUGGACCCGCAGUGGUAGGACGGAUUGCUGAUGCAACAGGAAGCUUGAGAGGGGGCUUCUUCUUUAUUGCGCUUUUCAUUGCGGUGCCUGCACCAUUCAUUUGGUGGAUUGAUGAAGGGAAGGGCAGAGAGGAGGGACUUGCUAUGGCUAAGAUUAUGAGUGGGACUACUCACGCAUCACUCGGGACGUACGAUACUAGAACCAACGUAGAGGAGAGAGAAGAGCUCCUCGCAAGCGAGGAAGACUCCUGA